AUACUCUCUCUCUCUCUCUCGCUCGCUCGCUCGCGAUAAUUUCAAUUCUUCAUGUUUAAUGGUGCGAGGGUGUGUUUGGUAGAUCAGUCGACGUGCUUUGAUACGAUCGAAUUUGAAGUGAAGACGUCGCCGGAGACUAUGCGCACAUGGUUGUAAAUGAUAGAUUUAGUUUGCCCAAGGAUGCUAAGUGAAGAAGAUGACGGUUCUCCGGCGAAAUGUCGCGAGAGGCGUCGCCGGAGGAUAGAUAUGCGGCGGCUUGCCGCCCUCUCCACCGCCGGGUGGUUGCCGCAAUCUGCUCUCGGCCCGGGAGGCGGCCGCGUCGAGAGCCCCUGUGUCUCUGAAGCCAAGCGGAUCCGCACGUCGGAUAGAAGCUGCCUCCCUUCUUCCUCCUCGGCAUCCUCCGGCGACGAUGCGGAGGCGCUGGUGGCGCCGACGCAGCCGCAGCCGCAGCCGCAGCCGGCCGUGGUUGCAGAAGCGACGUCGGUUGAGUGGUACGGGGUGAUGUCGGUGUCUGGAAGGUCGCGUGAGAUGGAGGACGCGGUAUCUGUGAGGACGGGACUCUGCCGGCCGGAGUUAAACCAGCGGCGACCGGUCCACUUCUUCGCCGUGUUCGAUGGCCACGGAGGUCAUCAUGUUUCCAGAUUAUGUAGGGAGAUGAUGCACGUGUUCUUAGAGGAGGAGUUGACGCGGGUGAGAGAGCAACGAGCUGAUGAAGACGAUGUGUGGAGGGAAGUGAUGAGGACAAGUUUCCAGAGGAUGGACGAGCUGGCGAUGAACACGUGCGCUUGCGGCAGCGUCGGGUCCCAGUGCGGUUGCCACCCCAUGGAGGUGGCGCUCGGAGGCUCGACUGCCGUGGCCGCCCUCCUGACGCCCGACCGGAUCGUCGUCGCCAAUUGCGGGGACUCGCGCGCCGUCCUAUGCCGGGGCGGGAAGGCCAUUCCUCUCUCGCGCGAUCACAAGCCAGAUAGACCAGAUGAACUUGCAAGAAUUGAAGCUGCUGGAGGACGGGUAAUCUACGUGAAUGGAGCUAGAGUUGAAGGGAUUCUGGCUAUGUCCCGAGCCAUAGAAACUUUUGGUGGUUCAGGAGAUAAGUACUUGAAGCCAGUCAUAACAUCAGGGCCCGAGAUAACUUUUACAGCGAGACAAGCAGAGGAUGAUUGCUUAAUUCUGGCGAGUGAUGGCUUGUGGGACGUCCUGUCAAGCGAGUUGGCCUGUGAAGUGGCCUUCGAGUGCCUUAGGGAAGGUGGUCCUCCAGCAAUGGACCUGAACUCUGGACCAGCGGCUGAAGACAAUGGGAGCCAUUCAUUGUGUCCUUCGCGCAGUGUGUUGGCUGCUUCUCUCCUUACUCGCCUUGCUCUGGGACGCAAGAGUUGGGACAACAUCAGUGUCAUUGUAGUCGAUCUGAAGAAGAGCUGAGAUGAUAGGAACCAUCAACACAGAAGGUACAUCAUGUUCAUGCAUCAAACUGUACAGGUUUUCCUAAUGGGAACUUGGGCAUCCGUCCAAUUCAAUGAGGAAAGAACUAAAAUGGCCUUAGAAUUGCAGAAUUGAUCUGGUUGGCUCGGAGAUUGGAAUUUUGCAUUGUUGGGGGUGGGGUUCAAUUUUGGUUAGGGUGGAGUUCUUUGCGUGGGACCUUGAUUGUUAUGCAUCACGAUCAAGCAGAGGGAAAUAGUAGCUGCACUUGAUAUUGGAACGAUCCGUUGAAUGGGUAGCUCAUUUAGCACAGAUUGUCCUGUUUGUUGGUUAUUGAUCGAGCAAUCGGUCGAUAAGAUAAAUGGAUCAAGAAAGAAGCUGGACGUCGAAUUUAAGUGAUUCGGUUGAUGUGACUUACUCUGUCAAAAAGCAGCACAGGAUUUUGCAAUAGGUCAAGCGAUGUAGCACAAAUGACGAUCGCACUCGAGUGAUUUAAACGCUUACCGUGCUCUCGUAUCCGUAAUUAUCUUUGAUAAAUUAUACUGAGUUUAGUCAUCACAUAGUUUCGCCAGACAA